GUACUGUAUGUAUGUACUAGCUGGCCUCUGAUACCGAUAUACAAAAGCCUUGCGUGGACCUACUUCCCCGAACCCUACCGUCUACUCUCUACCUUCUUUAUUAUCUCACAGCCGCGUCCACCAUCUCCCCGCGCCCAUUUGAAACCCGACCUACCCCCUUGUCGCGUUAUCUAAUCCUCCCCUCUAGAUUCCUCCGCUCCCGAGACAUACUGCAUUGAGUUUUGCAUUAUGUCCCAUGCAUCCUAGAAAAGUUUAACGGAGCGCUGGAAAGGACACAAGCUAGCAGGGCAUGCUUUUCACCAACGUGGCGCCUUGACCUCUUCCGCAUACGAAAGAACAACAAAACGGGGCCCCUUCUCCCCCCAGGAGUAUUGCUAUCUCAUAUCUACAGCUGUCGGCUAGUACGACCACAAGAUCUAUGCUAGAUCUAUCAACAUGUCUUCGAUGCGAGGCUUGGUCCAGUUUAUUGCCGACUUGCGAAAUGCGAGAGCGCGCGAGUUAGAAGAGAAACGGGUGAACAAGGAAUUGGCCAAUAUUCGACAGAAGUUCAAGGGUGGAAGUCUGAACGGAUAUCAGAAGAAGAAAUACGUCUGCAAAUUGCUCUAUGUAUACAUCCAAGGGUACGAUGUUGACUUUGGCCAUCUGGAAGCCGUCAAUUUGAUCUCCUCCACCAAGUACUCUGAGAAGCAGAUCGGGUACUUGGCCGUGACCCUGUUUUUCCAUGAACAGCAUGAGCUGUUACAUCUCGUUGUUAACAGUAUUCGAAAGGACUUGCUGGAUCAUAAUGAAUUGAAUAAUUGUUUGGCAUUACAUGCUGUUGCCAAUGUCGGUGGUAGGGAGAUGGGUGAAGCGCUCUCAACUGAUGUUCACCGGUUGCUGAUUUCUCCCACGUCUAAGGCCUUCGUCAAGAAGAAGGCUGCUCUAACACUCCUCCGUCUAUACCGCAAGUAUCCCGGCAUUGUGCAAAUUGAAUGGGCCGAGCGAAUAAUAUCUUUGAUGGAUGAUCCAGAUAUGGGUGUUACCCUAUCGGUCACUUCGUUGGUCAUGGCAUUGGUACAGGACAAACCUGAAGAGUAUCGAGGGAGCUAUGUUAAGGCUGCGCAGCGGUUAAAGAGGAUCGUGGUUGAUAACGACGUUGCCCCUGACUAUCUCUAUUAUCGUGUACCAUGUCCCUGGAUUCAGGUCAAGUUGCUACGACUGCUACAGUAUUACCCUCCGUCAGAGGACAGCCAUGUCCGCGAAAUCAUCCGCGAGACUUUACAACAAAUCUUGCAUAUUGCCAUGGACACACCAAAAAACGUCCAACAGAACAAUGCGCAAAAUGCCGUGCUCUUUGAAGCCAUCAAUCUUCUCAUCCACCUUGAUACUGAGCACAGCCUCAUGAUGCAAGUAUCAUCGCGACUAGGCAAAUAUAUCCAAUCGCGAGAGACUAAUGUUCGGUACCUUGGACUUGAGGCCAUGACACAUUUUGCAGCCAGAGCGGAGACCCUUGACCCUAUCAAAAAACACCAGAAUAUCAUUCUUGGGUCACUCCGGGACAGAGACAUUAGCGUUCGGCGCAAGGGUCUGGAUCUGAUCUACAGUAUGUGCGACACAACUAACGCUGGCCCUAUUGUCAAUGAGCUCUUGCGCUACCUCCAGACUGCCGAUUACGGGAUUAGGGAGGAAAUGGUACUGAAAGUUGCUAUUCUCACGGAGAAGUAUGCCACUGACGCUCAGUGGUACAUUGAUAUGACUUUGAAGCUUCUAUCUCUCGCAGGUGAUCAUGUGAACGAUGAGGUAUGGCAACGAGUGAUUCAGAUCGUGACGAACAACGAGGAGUUACAAGCCUAUGCGGCACACACACUUCUCGGUUAUUUGAAGACCGAUUGCCACGAAAGCUUAGUCAAGAUUGGAUGCUACGUCUUGGGAGAAUUUGGGCAUCUUAUUGCGGAUAACCAAGGCUCUAGUCCCAUCGAACAGUUCUUGGCUUUGCAAGCCAAGAUGAUUACCAGUACUGAUAACACGCGUGCCAUGAUUCUCUCGUCUUUCGUUAAGUUUGUUAACCUCUUUCCUGAGAUCAAGCCUCAGCUGCUGCAUAUAUUCCGCCUGUAUAGCCAUUCUCCCGACUCUGAACUUCAGCAACGAGCUUUCGAAUACCUGUCGCUGGCGACACUGCCCACAGAUGAUCUUCUACGGACAGUCUGCGACGAGAUGCCUCCUUUUUCAGAGAGAGCGUCAAUCCUCCUGUCCCGGCUUCACCAGAAGACUGCCGGCACUACCGACAAGAAGACCUGGGUUGUCGGAGGUAAGGAUGCCAACCAAGAUCAGAAGGAGGUCCUCAUGGCACAGACUACCGGGCUCAAGCGCACUUUCACAACGAUUGUCAACGGCUCGAACACUGGAUCAAACGGUGCAUCGAUAUCAACGGUAUCAAGUGCAACGGGGGACCUAGCAGGACUGGACCUCAGUGCCUCAUCUGCUCCACCUCCGAACAUGGCCAGUGCAGCCCAUCUCACGCCGGACUGGGAUGUCGGGUACAACCGGUUAUACUUCAAAGAUGAAGGAGUGCUUUUCGAGGAUGCCCAAAUCCAGGUUGGCCUGCGGUCUGAAUACCGUGGCCAUAUGGGUGUGGUCAAGAUCUACAUCUCGAACAAGUCGUCCUUCCCCAUUGGAUCAUUAACGACAACGCUAGACAAUCGUGCAGCGCCCAACCUUAAGGUAGACACCAAAAGUUUGCCCGAACCUUCUCUCCCGGCUGCUGGCCAAACCCAGCAGACGCUCUUCUUUGUGGCCCAUGGGCCAUUCACCGACGCACCCACUAUUCGCAUCUCCUACCUUGCGGGUGCACUUCAGGCCUAUACGUUGCAACUCCCCGUUCUCAUGCACCGGUACAUGGAGCCGUCGACCUUGUCAGCUGAAGAAUUCUUUAAACGAUGGAGACAGAUCGGUGGGCCACCUCUGGAAGUGCAGAAUACGUUUGGAGUAGUAGCAAAGGCAAAGGAUAUCAACGAGACCUCCACUCGACAGAGUGUGGAAGGGUUCGGCUGGAGAAUUCUCGACCAUGUGGACCCCAACCCGAAGAACAUCGUGGGUUGUGCUGUGUACCAUCUUGGUACAGGGAAGACGGGGUGCCUUCUUCGACUGGAGCCCAAUUACGAGAAGAAGAUGUAUCGGAUAACCAUCCGAGCCACGAAGGAAGGCGUGCCACAAGCGCUGGCCAAGCAAAUGGAGCAGAGAUUGGCGCAGGGAAGCACGUUUGAUCGUUACGCAUAGCCUACGUCGAGUCUUAGGAGGUUGGAGCAUAAAGCCUAUAAUGCACUUAAUAAUAUCAGUGGUCUUCCAGCCUAGGACAUCUACUUAAACCUUUUCCCAUGCUUCUAAUUCU